UGGAAGUGCUCAGUCAACCUCAAAGGCUUGAAAAACAACGGGGGUUGACUGUGUCUCUCUAGGACUGAGAGGGGACAGAGGUAGCUUUAUUUUGUCCAGGCAGACGUGGGGGGUCACAAUGCGCCCCCUGUGGAUGUUGUGGCUGUGUGCUGCCCUGCCAGGUCCGCUGUGGACCUCACAUUCCAGUCUGUUUGUGGAGGGCAACCAAAAUGCCUCCAGAAUCUGCAAACCCGCUCCCCACUGGGAGAUCAAGGGGCGUGCACCGAUGCAAGGACUGCUGGGAAAUGUGGUUGUGGUGGCUCUUCUGAAGGCCAGCUGAUCAUUCUGUCUCACACAGGCAUCCAAAAUUGGAGGCCUGCGUGACAAACUGAACCGCAGAAAUGUGACGGAGGUGUCCUUCAUGAUAGUGAACGAGCGAGAUGCUAUAUCAAGAGCGAUGUACAAGCAGCUGAAGAGAAAGGCGCCCAGUGGAGUCCCAGUUUACCAGCAGGCUCUUAAUCAAACGGAUGUGUGGGAGGUUCUGGAUGGAGACAAAGAUGAUUUCCUGAUCUAUGAUCGGUGUGGCCUCCUCACCUCCCAUUUGGUGUUGCCUUUCAGUUUCCUGCAUCACCCUUUUGUAGAGUCUGCAAUCCUAAAUGCUUAUCAUAAAGACAUCUGCAACUGCUCUUCUAAUUCUACUUUAUCAGGCACCUCACCUAGCGACAGACCAACAACUGUUGAUGAUGAUGAUGAUGAGGAAGAGGACACACCCGUGAGGACUCAUUCCCACCACCAUCACUAUCAUGGUCAUCAUGGCCACGCUGAUCAACAUAUCAAGGACAAUAAAAAUCUGACCAGAGUACAAACUCAUCAGUCUUCCUUCCACCAUCACUACCCUCUGCAUGGCCACCACCACUGAGCGACUGACAGUGGAAAAUUAAAUAGCAUUUGAAUUUAAACAGUUUUAAUUAGGCAGCAUUUACUUUCAGCUUGUCAGAAAGUGAGUAGUUAGGUUUUCAUGAUGAUAAAAUGUUUAAAUGUCUUAGUUUUGGAUUUAAAUAUGCAGAUAAAUAGCUGAUCACCAGAAUCUGUUUUACUCAGGAAUCUAGUUGUGGUUUGCUGUUAGUGUUCACACACUCUGCUGUUGUGUUUUGAUAAAGUAUCCAGGUCUCUUCAUCUUCUCCCAUUAAUGAAGUCUACAGUGUAAAACCUGCCUGCAGGAGGCUGUGGAUGGAUGCGUGGGGAGAGGUGUGAGGGGACUGGCAGUCGUAGUCACCAGGAUGGAGACAGUAGACGCUGUGUGAAGCUGCAAAGCUCAACUCAGUCAGGUUUCUAUUUAAAGCAGAUUCUGUUCUCAAGUCAAUUCACUUUGUGUUUCUAUUAGUCUGUUUUCUUUGUGUUGAGAUGUUAAAAUAGUAUGAAUACAUUAAACAAUGGAAAUAAUGUGAUUUUAUGCAUUUUAAAUAAAGUUUGCUUGUCUAGUGUUGUAAA